UGAUUUAAAGAUUCUGUUUUUGAAAGCAAAUUUAAAAAUUGGUGCCGACAACAUUUUCAUCUCUACACUGUCAAAAUGUGAACACUCCCAAUCGCCAACUGCCAGCAACUUCACUCUCUUCUAAGAAGACAUUGUUUGUCAAUCGAUUGAUGUAUAAUCUAUCACACCCAGAUCGAAUUAUUGUGGUAACCAGUAUUUGUCUUUCAAACAAAUUAUUGUGCAAGGUGAAACAAACCGACCUAAUAAAACAUUCGAAACGUUUGCCGUGCAAAGUGUAGUAUGAAAAUCUAAACACAUUCCCCAUUGAAUAAUUAUAUUGCAAAAAAUCCGUGUAGAAAUAUCCAUCGUUCUGUUUGCGACAUUUUUGUUUCCGAAGUUGUGUUGGUUGAAAAGUGCAUUUUGUUGCUGUGUAUUCAUAACAUUUCCGCUUAAAUAAUGGGAACAUUGGGUGAUUUUGGACAGAUUGCGCUGAAAUGGGAUCCAAAGAAUUUGGAAAUACGUACAAUGUCGGUGGAAAAAACACUGGAACCACUUGUUUUACAGGUUACAACAUUGGUUAACACAAAAGGUCCCAGUAAGAAAAAGAAAGGUAAAUCGAAACGAGCAUCAGCACUGGUGGCAGCCGUUGAGAAGGCGACCGAUAAUUUCAUCGAACGAGGCGAACAGAUCGCCAAUGAGAAUCCGGACAUUAAACAGGAAAUGCUAGAAGCUGUCGACGAAGUCCGAAAGCAUGGAAACGCAAUGAGUAGUGCUGCUCGGGAAUUUUCCGAAGAUCCUUGCAGUUCGUUGAAACGCGGCAACAUGGUGCGAGCAUCCAGAUCGCUUCUAUCAGCCGUUACACGUUUAUUGAUUCUGGCUGACAUGGUUGAUGUUCAUUUGCUGUUGAAAUCGUUGCAUGUUGUCGAAGAUGAUUUGAGUAAAUUGCAAAAUGCUUCCAGUCAGGAUGAAUUGUUGAACAACAUGAAGCAAUUCGGUCGAAAUGCCAACGAACUGAUUAAGCAAGCAGCUAAACGUCAGCACGAGCUCAAAGAUCCACAAUUACGGGACGAUUUGGCAGCGGCUCGUGCCGUUUUGAAGAAACAUUCGACCAUGCUGUUGACAGCAUCGAAGGUCUAUGUACGUCAUCCCGAAUUGGAGUUGGCUAAAGUGAAUCGGGAUUUCGUUUUGAAGCAAGUUUGCGAAGCCGUUAAUACAAUCAGUGAUGUAGCACAAGGAAAAUCAUCACAACCGACCGAUAUGUACACUGGUGCUGGUGAGCUAGCAGCAGCCCUGGACGAUUUUGAUGACGGAGUCAUUAUGGACCCAUUGGCGUACAAUGAAGUGCGAUCCAGGCCAUCGCUGGAAGAGCGUUUGGAAAGUAUUAUCAGUGCAGCUGCAUUGAUGGCCGACGCUGAUUGUACACGCGAUGAAAGACGUGAACGAAUCGUUGCCGAAUGUAAUGCCGUUCGUCAGGCGUUGCAAGAUCUGUUAUCGGAAUACAUGGCCAAUAUGGGCCAAAAAGACCAAAGCCCUGGUCUCAACCGAGCCAUCGAACAGAUGUGCCGUAAAACGCGUGAUCUUCGCCGUCAAUUACGCAAAGCAGUUGUUGAUCACGUUUCUGAUUCAUUCCUGGAAACCACAACGCCAUUGAUCGAUUUGAUCGAUGCCGCCAAAAAUGGUAACGAAAAGAAAGUGCGCGAACGAGCUGAAGUGUUCACCAAGCAUGCGGAAAAAUUGGUCGAAGUUGCCAAUUUGGUGUGCAGCAUGUCGAACAACGAGGACGGUGUGAAAAUGGUCCGUUAUGCUGCUGCACAAAUCGAAACAUUGUGUCCGCAGGUGAUCAAUGCUGCAUUGAUCUUAUCUGCCCGGCCCAAUUCAAAGGUGGCACAGGAGAAUAUGGAAGAGUAUCGAUUGUCGUGGGAGACACAAGUUCGAAUCCUGACCGAUGCCGUGGAUGACAUAACGACCAUCGAUGAUUUCUUGGCCGUGUCGGAAAAUCACAUUCUGGAAGAUGUAAACAAAUGUGUGAUGGCGUUGCAGGAGCGCGAUGGACAGGAUUUGCGCAAUACGGCCAGGGCGAUUCAAGGACGUUCGGCACGUGUGUGUAAUGUUGUUGAGGCUGAAAUGGACAACUUUGAACCGUGCAUUUACACGAAACGUGUCCUGGAGGCAGUUAAAGUGUUACGCCAUCAAGUGAUGUCGAAAUUUGCCCAACGUGUCGAUGUUGCCGUACAAAUGUUGGAAGCGUUACAAUCGAACUCACCCAAGGAUGUCGACGAAAAUGACUUUAUCGAUGCGUCGCGGUUAGUUUACGAUGGUGUAAGGGAAAUUAGACGUGCCGUCUUAAUGAACAGGAGUUCAGACGAUUUGGACACUGACACUGAAUUCGAACCGGUUGAAGACAUGACACUAGAAACACGCAGUAGAUCUAGUGCACAUACUGGAGAAGGAACAGUAGACGAAUAUCCAGACAUAAGUGGAAUUACAACUGCCAGAGAAGCUAUGCGUAAAAUGACCGAAGAGGACAAACAAAAGAUUGCCCAACAGGUGGAACUGUUCCGCAAAGAGAAAAUGACAUUCGAUUCAGAAGUGGCGAAAUGGGAUGACACCGGCAAUGACAUUAUAUUUUUGGCCAAGCAUAUGUGCAUGAUCAUGAUGGAAAUGACUGAUUUCACGCGUGGCCGAGGUCCGUUAAAGACGACAAUGGACGUUAUAAAUGCAGCUAAGAAGAUUUCCGAAGCCGGUACGAAAUUGGAUAAAUUAACUCGGGAAAUUGCCGAACAGUGUCCGGAGAGUAGCACCAAAAAGGAUCUGUUGGCCUACUUGCAACGGAUCGCUCUGUAUUGCCAUCAAAUUCAGAUCACAUCCAAAGUUAAGGCUGACGUGCAGAAUAUCAGUGGCGAGUUAAUUGUGUCAGGGUUGGAUAGUGCUACGUCAUUGAUCCAGGCGGCUAAGAAUCUAAUGAAUGCGGUUGUACUGACUGUCAAAUAUUCGUAUGUGGCUUCCACUAAAUACACACGACAAGGAGUCGUUGCGUCUCCAAUUGUUGUAUGGAAAAUGAAAGCACCGGAAAAGAAGCCACUCGUACGCCCAGAGAAACCCGAAGAAGUGCGUGCCAAGGUACGAAAAGGUUCACAAAAGAAAAUUCAAAAUCCAAUACAUGCCCUAUCAGAAUUUCAGAGUGUCAACGAUAACGUCUAAGCGCUAAAUUUAAUAGUAAAUUAAAAAGCAAAAAAAAAAUAAAAUAAAUUUUAUGAAAUAAAAUUAAGUAAUAGCGGGACGACAGAAUUCGGAUUGAAAGAAAAAAAAAAUGAAAGAAAAG